AUAACUCCUCUGUACUGCUCAUAGACUGUACUGAUGCAGAAAUGUAGAAUAAAAAUAUUCACAUCGCCGCUCAGUGACAAAACAGCCUGAUCAAAAUCAGUAAUUCCGAGGCAACGGUGUUUUUCUUCACAUGAACGGAUCGACUUUUUCGCCUUUGAUACGUCAAAGCUGCAGAAAGUGUCAACUAGAGCUGGAGGAAGUUAUUACAGCGCUAAGACAAAUCUACACUCUACUUGCAGACUAAUUUAAAGCCUCAUGCGGCCAGAGAAAGGUUAACAACAGGUAAAUAUGACGAUUUGAUUAAUGUUUACGAAUUAAACUCCUCCUGAGUGCCGUACAGUGGGGUGCGCAUGCGUGUGAGGGUGCCAUGAAGGUAAAGGUGAUCUCCAUCCUGGAGGACAACUACAUGUACCUGGUGAUCGAGGAGCAGAGCAAACAGGCUGUAGCUGUGGAUCCUGCUGUACCACACCGGCUGCUGGAAAUAGUGAAGAGAGAGGGCUUGUCUCUAACAGCUGUUCUCACCACACAUCAUCACUGGGACCACGCUCGGGGGAAUGAGGCUCUGCUGAAGGAGCUUCCUGGGCUCAGAGUGUAUGGGGGAGAUGAUCGGAUUGGCGGUCUGACAGAUAAAGUUACCAACGACCAGGAGCUCAAGUUUAACUCCAUUAAUGUGAGAUGCCUGUUUACUCCCUGCCAUACCUCGGGCCACAUGUGCUACUUCGUGUGGGAGGACGAGUGCACUGACGCUCCAGCUGUGUUCACAGGAGACACGUUGUUUAUCGGAGGAUGUGGACGCUUUCUGGAGGGUACGGCUGAGCAGAUGUACCACAAUCUCACCCAGGUCCUUGGCACCCUACCUCAAGACACGAAAGUGUUUUGUGGACACGAGUACACCAUAAAGAAUCUGAAGUUUGCCAUGCUGGUGGAGCCCGAGAAUGAAAAGGUUAAGGAGAUGCUGAGCUGGGCUAGGGCAAGAGACGAUGAUGACAAGCCCACAGUGCCAUCCACUCUGAUGGAGGAGUUUGAUUACAACCCUUUUCUUCGCCUCUCAGAGGAAGGAGUGCAGAAGUUCACGGGGAAAACGGACCCCAUAGAGGUGCUGCGGGUUCUGAGGAAGGAGAAAGAUAAAUUCAAGAAGCCUAAGGAGAGACUUCCUCCUCACGCCAUGCUGGCUUUAGAGUGGGGUCUCCUCAGACCCUGAGAUCCAGUUUCAUGAUUCAGGACACGUGAUAAACUCCCCCAUCUAAAAAACGGAUGAGCGGAUGCAGCGAAACACAAGACUGAAAAGUAAAGUUAAAGCUGCUAUAACCCUUAAUUUAAAGAAUGGUUUGGUGUCUAAAAUAAUUUUUGCACAAAGAGGCUGGGGUAAAGCUGCUAAUGUUAAACAUUCUUAUACCUAGAUUAAUUUAAAGGCUGGUCUCCAGUCUGUUAUGCAAAACACCACGAGGUAGCCUGAGAGUGAUGCAAAUUUCCAGUGAAAUUUUUAAAUGUUGGGGCAUUUUUGCUUUGAAUAGCUCGUUUCGGGAGAAAAUUUAGCCUAAAUACUUUAACUAUUAUUUGUAUACUGUCUGUGACUGCCUGAUUGCCAAUGCAUUUAUCUCCCUUAUUUUACUUCAAGCAUACUGUACAUUAUUCACAUUUUUCUCUUCCUUACUUUUUAAAAUUCAGCUUUUUACCACUGAUUCACCAUAAAACACAUUCAAGGAACUGUGUCCAUAAUUCAAGCUACACUUUAUAUAGUAGGUUAUUUUACAAAAAGAGGUGUUGCACUUUUAGUGUCAACAGGAAUGAAACAAACAUGCAGUGUACAUUGCUGUGAAUGUAAAUUGCUGCUUCUCCUCAUGCUGAAAGAGCUUGUAACUGCACACCAGAGUUAAGAUGAUUGAAUAAAACAUAUCAA